GUUUCUAUCUCUCUCUGCCUCUCAGUCUAAUACAUCUCAUUUCUUUGCAGGUCAGUCCAAUAUGCUUAUGAGCAGCACGUUCAGCUGUACUGGGGAGCCAAAAGAGCGGAAUGCUCCUCCUUCCUCUCCUCCUCUCUCCUCCUCCUCUCAUUUGGCUCAGCGACUCCUUGCCGGGACGGUAUAACAGAAGCCUACAGAGCGGGCACCGUCGGUGAAUGGGGAAGGGCAACAGCCGCAGCAGCAGCACCAGUCGGGCGCACCGACCGAAGCAUGCUCCAGCGCAGCCAUGACUUGCUCGGCGUCAGAUAGCGAGAAGAUCGUGAUAAACUGCGGCGGGAUCCGACACGAGACCUACCGGAGCACCCUGAAGACGCUGCCGGGCACGCGCUUGUCUUGGCUGACCGAGCCCGACGCCUACAGCAACUUCGACUACGACCCCAAGUCCGACGAGUUCUUCUUCGACCGCCACCCGGCCACCUUCGCCUUCAUCCUCAACUACUAUCGCACCGGCAAGCUCCACUGCCCCAACGAUGUGUGCGGGCCGCUCUUCGAGGAGGAGCUCGCCUUCUGGGGCAUCGAUGAGACAGACGUGGAGGCGUGCUGCUGGAUGAACUACCGGCAGCAUCGCGACGCCGAGGAAGCGCUGGACAGCUUCGAGACCCCCGAGCCGGACGCACCUGAGGAUGACCCGGCGCUCACCGGCGGGGCGGACGGCGACCUGAAGCGGCUGUGCAUGCAGGAGGACGGCCGCAAGGCGACGUGGUGGGAGGUGUGGCAGCCCAAUAUGUGGGCGCUGUUCGAGGACCCCUACUCCUCCAAAUACGCCCGGUAUGUGGCGUUUGGCUCGCUCUUCUUCAUCCUCCUCUCCAUCUCCACCUUCUGCCUGGAGACACACGAAGCUUUCAACACCAUCUACAACAAAACAGAGAACGUCACCAUUGGCAACAUGACACACGAGGAGAUAGUGUAUGAGGUGGUCACAGAUGGCUGGCUGACAUAUGUGGAGGGCGUCUGCGUCAUCUGGUUCACCAUUGAGGUGAUGGCGCGUGUCAUCUUCUGUCCUGACAAGGCAGAGUUCUUCCGCAGCGCCCUUAACAUCAUAGACUUUGUGGCCAUUGUGCCCUUUUACCUGGAGGUGGCGUUGAGUGGCCUGUCCUCCAAAACAGCCAAAGACGUGCUGAGCUUCCUGCGUGUGGUGCGCUUUGUCCGUAUCCUGCGUAUAUUCAAGCUGACCCGCCACUUUGUUGGUUUGCGGGUUUUGGGCCACACUUUACGGGCAAGCACCAAUGAGUUCCUGCUGCUCAUCAUCUUCCUGGCGCUGGGCGUCCUCAUCUUUGCUACCAUGAUCUACUAUGCUGAACGCAUAGGUGCCGACCCAGACGAUCCAACGGCUGCGGCCCACACCAACUUCAAGAACAUCCCCAUUGGUUUCUGGUGGGCUGUGGUGACCAUGACCACGCUGGGCUACGGGGAUAUGUACCCUGAGACAUGGUCAGGAAUGCUGGUGGGUGCCCUCUGCGCCUUGGCUGGUGUGCUGACCAUUGCCAUGCCUGUGCCCGUCAUUGUCAACAACUUCGGCAUGUACUACUCCCUGGCCAUGGCCAAGCAGAAGCUCCCCAAGAAGAGGAACAAGCACAUCCCCCGAGCUCCACAACCAGGCAGCCCCAACUACUGCAAGCCAGAUGCUCUCGCCAUGGCAACCGCCUCACCGCACAGGCUGAUGGGCAAUGUGCUUGGACCGGGCAUGGUGGGAUCCGGCAGCAUGAUGGGUACUGGAGAUUGCCCACUGGCACAGGAGGAGAUCAUUGAAAUCAACAGGGCAGAUUCUAAGCAGAACGGCGACGCAGCAGCCAACGCAGCAGCCCUAGCCAAUGAGGACUGCCCCACCAUUGACCAGGUCCUUGGGGACGAGCGUAGCCCAGCCACCGGGGGCCUCGGCUCCACCACCAGCCGUGAGCGCUACCCGCACGACCGGGCCUGCUUCCUGCUGAGUGCCGGGGAGUUCCAGCGCACAACGGACGGGAACGUUCGGAAAGGCUAUCCUCCUCAGUCUCUCCCCCUGCGUUGUGUUUCUAAAGUCUGACUGAGUGGAGUAGGAGGCACCGUAAACGGCUACUGGAGUGACAGCCCGUGGUAGAAGAGCGGAGGACAAAAGCAACAUGCCACAUGGGAAGAAGAGCGAGAACAUGACUACAGAGACAGCAUACAAACAUAGAAAUAUGCAAUGUAGAUAAAUGACAGCGGUGGUUGGAUCUAUGUGUUUCUGUUCAGAUAUGUUGUAUCUACGGCACACGUGACAUGUGUGCACGUGGAUGUGUGUGUGCAUGUGUGUGUGUGUGCCCAGACCUGCAUCUACCUCUGUACUAAGAUGCACAAAUGUCAACUUUUUCCAUUGUUUUUGCUACUGCAAGAAAGAAAGGAAGAAAUAUUUAGUUCAGUUUUGUUUUGAUGUGUAUUAUUAGCAAUCUGUGUGAUCAGAUGAUGAUGUCAUCUUUCUGUCAGUGACUUGUGUAUUUUUGUAUUUAUUAAUCUUAUUUCAAGUUUUUUUGUCCCCCUAAAUAUAAAUAUGGUUUCCUUUCUGUUUUAAACUGGGUUUUUCAGAUAUAUGAAAUGUAUUUCAUUUCAGAACAUCAGUCUUAUUCAUUGCUGUAGGCAGUAGUUGUGUGUCUGUUGGUUUGGUUUCAUAUCUGUCUGAAUCCCUUGUCCUCAAUUCUCACUCUCACCUUCCUUCUCUCUCACCAGAAAAGUAACAGAGAGCUUUCAGCUGGCAGGAAAUCACCCCUUUGAUUUGACUCCCAAAAGAGAAAAACAAUCAUUUACCGCUGACUAAACAAGGACUCUGUUUUCAAGAAUAUCCUUUGGACAAGAUCCACUUAGAAGUGUUUACCAAGCAUGAUCUAGCAUAAAAAUGGGACUUGGAAAAACUUGACUUCUCUGUGCUCUCCAUCCUGUUACUUUUUUAUGUUCAAGCUGGGAGUGCUCGGAGGUGAGGGUACCAAACAGGGAGAAUGCCUGGCUGAGAAACAGACUGUUGUACUUUCAAAGGAUUAGUUUGACAUUUUGGGAAAUACUUAUUCGCAUUCUUGCCGAGAGUGAGAGUAAUGAGAAGAUUGAUAUCAAGUCUAUAUCAUGUCUGUGCGCUAAGUAUGGAG